AUGAAGUCCCUUUCAGGGUCGCCAAUUUUUCUUCACCUUCAGUUCAUCUUGUGGCACAAUAUCGACGAGGAAGUCAAAGAUAUCCCCUCUGGUGAUAGCACCAGCUAUGUCAUUUCUCUGCGGACCUCGGGAGGGGGGAAGCAGAACCGAACGGCGAAGCAGGCAGCGGAAGCUGAACGCGUGCGCGGCGGACCGAACGGAUCGGUAGUCGUAGAGUUUUGGACGCUUGCGCUGGAGGGAAGGCAAGGGAAGGGAGAGAGCCGCCAGCUCGGAGAGAGCACCCGCGCCCCCCACCCCAACCCCUCGGACUGUGGCUCUCUUCUGGUCGUCGUGCCGAGGGAUCGAGAGGAGGACGAGGACGAGGAGGACGUUAAGGAGCUGGACGAACGCCGCGAAGAGAGGAGCGAGGCGAGGCGGGGACAUGGGAACCUAGAGGCUGGGGGCGUAGGACGGACAAGGCCGGGGGCGGGGCUGAUCAGGGCCCGCGCGGAGCGGGGACGGGACGGGACGGGGAGCAAAGGAAAGGAAAGGAAAGGAAAGCUGCAGGAGCGACGCUCGGGAACGAACGAGCAGGCCAGGCCACGCGCCGACUCUUUGCGAGUUUCGGUAAGAAGCUGUUCGUUCGAACUCGAAGGGAAGGGAAGGGAAGGGGAAGGGGAAGGGAGAGGGAAGGAGGAGGGCGGGGGUGCUUCUGGUUGGGGCAGGAUUGGAGCUGCUGCGAAUGGAGCACGAGCUCGGGAGAUCAGCAGCAGCAGCAGCAGGAGGUGGAGAGGGAGGAGGGAGGAGUUCGGAGCUUCGGAGUCUGGCGCAGAACGGAUGACGCAGAAGCGAGAGUUGUCGGGGUGCAGCUUAGGCCUGGAGCAUGAUGGGAGGGCCGCGGUAGAUGGCAGCAGCAGUGGUGGCAGACAUGGGCCGCUAGAGGCGACGAAGGCCGGGAUAGAGGGUUGA